AUGAAGAGUUUUUGCUCAAAAGCAUCCUUUCUUUUUCUAGUUUUUCUGAUUACCACAAAUCUGUUGUACUCUGAAGCCCAACAGUGUCGUCCAAGUGGUAGAAUUAAAGGAGAAAAAGCUCCUUCCGGACAAUGCAACCAGGAGAAUGACUCUGAUUGUUGUGUACAAGGAAAAAUGUACACAACUUAUCAAUGUUCACCGUCAGCGUCUACUCACACUAAAGCAUAUCUCACGCUCAACAGUUUUCAAAAAGGUGGAGAUGGAGGCGGCCCUUCGGCAUGUGAUAACCAAUACCAUUCUGAUGACACUCCUGUUGUUGCACUUUCCACUGGAUGGUUCAACAACAAAAGUAGAUGUCUGAACAAAAUUACCAUCAGCGCGAAUGGAAGAAGUGUGGUUGCCACGGUUGUUGAUGAGUGCGACUCUACGAUGGGAUGUGAUAAAGAACAUGAUUACCAACCUCCUUGUAACAACAACAUAGUUGAUGCCUCUAAAGCUGUGUGGAAAGCCUUGGAUGUUCCUCAUGAUCAAUGGGGUGGAUUGGAUAUUACAUGGUCUGAUGCUUGA